AUGGCCGUCCCAAAGAUGCAGCAUCGUCGACUUCGAAGGAUGGUGCCGGCCAUCAUCCAACGAGGAGAGGAACCCCGGGACUUGGCUCAUCUUUUGGCCGACCUGGAGCGUAGGCAGGCGCCCGAGCCAGAGCCAGAGCCUGAUGCUGAUGGCGCAUCCCAACCUGAUGGUCCCGAGUCCGAGUCUUCGGAUUCUACAGGAGAUGGAUCUUCCUCUGAGUCCUCGUCUUCCGCUUCAGGCUCGGAAGCGUCAGGGGUCAAAACGGAGGAACCACAGUCCUCACCAACGCCAACAGCGGGACUUCCUGGCCAGCCGACGGCAACUCUGCCCGCAGUUUCUUCCCCGGCUAAUGCUUUUCGCAAUGAUACUAUACCGCCGAAUCGAGGUGCCAUACUCGUCCCUGUUCCUGGGACGAACUCUACGACGCUGCUGACCUCGACGACGACGCGGGCACCAUCCCCGACAAACCCGGCGACGCUUGCCCCGACGUCAACGCCUCCGUCCACAACGAACUCGUCAUCAUCGAGUUUGGCGACGUCUUCAGCAGCCACUCUAUCUUCUUCGACAACCCCUCUGUCUUCACUGCUUAUACCGUCACCCAGCCCGCCAACCCUCAGCCUCCCCUUGCCGGUACCUUCUUCUUCUUCUGGUUUUGUUACAAGCGCUGUUGUUUCAACCAGCGCGACCAGUGCCACUAGCACAGACUUGCCACCGACCGCGCUUCCCGAAACCACGCCUAUCGGAGAAUCGGCCAACGUGGCUGGUACAGUUUCCGCCGCUACUGGAGGAGGAGACGCGCCCGGAAUUCUUGUUGGCUCCAUUGCCGGUGUUGCGUGUAUCACCGGUGCAGCAAUCUACAUGUACCGACGUUUCAAGGGCACCAAAGAAGUCAAGGUAGCUCUUGACGACAAGCCCCCGAGCGGGCCCGGGGCCACGGCGAGCCCCAGCGGCGCCAACGUGGCCGCGACGCCCAACUUUGCCGGCAACCGCAACAUGCCUGGGAUGCCCAACUUUGCUGCGCAGAACUUUGCUGGCAAUCCCAACAUGUCUGCGGCGCCCAACUUUUCUCCACAGAACUUUGCUGGUAACCCCAACCUUGGCGUCCCGGGGAACGAUGGGCAGUUUGAUAGGAUGGCGGCCCUGGAUGACAGGCAGUAUGCAGCAUACAGGAACCUUGUGGGGGCUGAGAGAUAG